CUAGUAGCCUGAAGAAAAAAAAAGAGAAAAAAAACCCGAAAACGCUUUAAAAUUUAAAAAAAAAGAGAGAGAGAAAGAAAAAGAAAAAAACGAAUCCUCUUCGGAGAAACCGCGGGGAAGUCACUUUCGCACGCUUCCGGCCUGCCCGCCGCCGCCGCACCUGGGCGUCUGUCGGUCCCCGUCCGUCGGUCCGGUGGUGAGCCGCCCGCGCGCCCGCGUCCACGCGCCGCCGCCCGGUUGCGCCGCGUGGCAGCCCCGCGCCCGCCGCCCUCGCCCCCCGCGCGCCGGCCUCCCCGCACCACGUGUCCGCGCUGCCCUUCGCCGGCCCGGCGUGGGAGGCGGCUGCGCGCUCGGGCCGCCCGGGGCUUGCCGAGUCGGCACCGACAAAUAUUUGGUUUCCCUCUUCCCCGGGCUGCUGUAAUCUUAAACCGCCGGGAGCCCGAGGCCUAUAUUUAUAGAGAAACGCGCGUCCCGGAGGCCGCCUUGGGCACCGCUGGGUUGCCUCUGGAAAUUUUUUUGUCAUUCGGAGGGGAGUCGCCGUUUUAAUUUUUUUCCUUUUUUUUUGAAAUUGGGAGCUUCGGACCAGGACAGCUGAAAAAUUAAAAACUCCCAGGGAGGGCCAUAUUGUUUUUGAGAGCCUUUUGUCUGCGGUUUGGCAGUCUCGUCCGAGCCGUCCCCGAACUCCUCUCCGGCCCUCGGAGCCGACUCCCAGCUUCUCCGAGCUUCACUGCCACCUGUGAGCCGCGGCGUGGGCCACGGCUCCGAGCGGAGCCCCCUUUGUCCUGUGCGGUCCCUCUUAAGAAGUCCUCCUGGCGGGGCUCGGGGUGGUGGGGGCUGGGGAGAUGAACGCUGCGGCCAGCAGCUACCCCAUGGCCUCCCUGUACGUGGGUGACCUGCACUCGGACGUCACCGAGGCCAUGCUGUACGAAAAGUUCAGUCCUGCGGGGCCUGUGCUGUCCAUCCGGGUCUGCCGCGAUAUGAUCACCCGCCGCUCCCUGGGUUAUGCCUACGUCAACUUCCAGCAGCCGGCUGACGCUGAGCGGGCCUUGGACACCAUGAACUUUGAUGUAAUUAAGGGAAAGCCGAUCCGGAUCCUGUGGUCUCAGAGGGAUCCGUCUCUGAGAAAAUCUGGUGUGGGAAACGUCUUUGGGAACAUUCUGUCCUGCAAGGUGGUGUGUGAUGAGAACGGCUCUAAGGGUUAUGCCUUUGUCCACUUCGAGACCCAGGAGGCUGCCGACAAGGCCAUCGAGAAGAUGAACGGCAUGCUCCUCAAUGACCGCAAAGUGUUUGUGGGCAGAUUCAAGUCUCAAAAAGAGCGGGAAGCCGAACUUGGAGCCAAAGCCAAGGAAUUCACCAAUGUUUACAUCAAAAACUUUGGGGAAGAGGUUGAUGAUGAGAAUCUGAAAGAGCUAUUUAGCCAGUUUGGUAAGACCCUAAGUGUCAAGGUGAUGAGAGAUCCCAGUGGGAAAUCCAAAGGCUUUGGCUUUGUGAGUUACGAAAAACACGAGGAUGCCAAUAAGGCUGUGGAAGAGAUGAAUGGAAAAGAAAUCACUGGGAAGGUCAUUAUCGUUGGCCGUGCACAAAAGAAAGUGGAGCGGCAGGCCGAGUUAAAGCGAAAAUUUGAACAGCUGAAGCAGGAGAGGAUUAGUCGCUAUCAGGGGGUGAAUCUCUACAUUAAGAACUUGGAUGACACCAUCGAUGACGAGAAGUUAAGGAAAGAGUUUUCUCCUUUUGGAUCAAUCACCAGUGCUAAGGUGAUGCUGGAGGAUGGGAGAAGCAAAGGAUUUGGCUUUGUCUGCUUCUCAUCCCCUGAAGAGGCAACCAAAGCAGUCACGGAGAUGAAUGGACGCAUCGUGGGCUCCAAGCCACUUUAUGUCGCUCUGGCCCAGAGAAAGGAGGAGAGAAAGGCUCACCUGACCAACCAAUAUAUGCAGUGGGUGGCCGGGAUGAGGGCACUGCCCGCCAACGCCAUCUUAAAUCAGUUCCAGCCUGCAGCUGGGGGCUACUUUGUGCCAGCAGUUCCACAGGCUCAGGGAAGACCACCAUAUUACACACCUAACCAGUUAGCACAGAUGAGGCCUAAUCCACGCUGGCAGCAAGGCUUCCAAGGAAUGCCAAGUGCUAUACGCCAGUCUGGGCCUCGUCCAGCUCUUCGCCAUCUGGCUCCAACUGGUGUUCCCACAGCUGUGCAGAACUUAGCGCCUCGUGCCGCUGUUGCUGCUGCUGCUCCUCGGGCUGUUGCACCUUACAAAUAUGCCUCCAGCGUCCGCAGUCCUCACCCGGCCAUCCAGCCCCUGCAGGCACCCCAGCCUGCGGUCCACGUGCAGGGGCAGGAGCCACUGACCGCCUCCAUGCUGGCUGCAGCACCCCCCCAGGAACAGAAGCAGAUGCUGGGUGAACGUCUGUUCCCACUCAUCCAGACGAUGCACUCGAACCUGGCUGGGAAGAUAACUGGGAUGCUGCUGAUCGACAACUCAGAGCUGCUGCACAUGCUGGAGUCCCCCGAGUCUCUCCGCUCCAAGGUGGAUGAGGCUGUGGCGGUCCUUCAGGCUCAUCAUGCCAAGAAAGAAGCUGCUCAGAAGGUGGGCGCUGUUGCUGCUGCUACCUCUUAGACAAGGACGAACCGAUUCAAAAGCCAAAUAAACCCUCAUGGAAUUCAGCUCAAGGUUUGAAGACUCCUAGCUUGUCCUAUGGACCUCAACACCAAGAACCACAAUCGCAAAUUUAAUAGGUCAUUUUGUAUCAAAAGGUCAAUUAUGAAACACCUAGAAUUUUUCAAUUUAAAGAAUAUAUUCUCUGGGUUCUGAUGUGGCCCAGACAGUGUUAACUUUUUUUUCUAUUGUGGGUUUUGCUUUUUUCCCCCCAGAAAUUGGUUUUAUUUGAUGUACCCAAGUCUUAAGUUUCUCAAUAAAGAAAAAAAUCUCCAUAAAAAAAAAAAAAA